UACUCAUACUAUUUACAAGACCGCAGCCGUGAUCUGAACAAAAUAUUGUGUAUCGUAAUAUUAAUUUUUAACUGUUUAGACUAUACCGUAGGAUUGUCUGUUCGUUUUUUUUAAAACUUUUUUUUUGAAUCCAAAUAUCUAUGUGAAGAUCGAUCGAAGGUGACUACGUUAACAUCUAAUUCAAUCAUUGAUAAUGGCUGAUGAAUAAUAUUUUCCACAUAUAGUCUUAACAACUUCAAAAUUCUUUCAAAACUAUGUUUUCUUCAGUUGAAGGUACUGAAAUUUCCUGAGAUCAUUAAACUUUGAGCUUAUUCACUGAACAAUCUCCAAGCUUUCCCAAUGAAAAGUGUAGCUGUUGACGGUACAUCAGAAAAUUUACGUCAGUUAAACACAACUUGGGGAAAGAGCAGAGGUGAACAACAAACAGAAUUGAGUGCAGACGCACGGAACACAGUACGAAGAACUUUAUUUGUUGAACCGUCUGCUAAAUUAGAAAGCAAUGAUAACGUUUUGACGGACACCAACGAAAAAAAUCCUAAGUGGCUCUCGUACGUAUUGCAGAGAUUAAGUGAAGAUACUAAAAGUAUGCCUGGUAAUAGUCAAACACCACCAGCCAAAGAGGUAAAAGAGAGGGAGCCGGAAGCACAAACUGGAGUUGGACCUGACUGUGGUAUUAAAGAUGUUUGGGCUCAUAAUUUAGAAGAAGAGUUUACGUCAAUACGAAAACUUUUGCCAAAAUAUUGUUAUGUGGCUAUGGAUACAGAAUUUCCAGGUGUUGUAGCCCGACCUAUUGGGGAUUUUAAAACAACUGCAGAUUAUCUGUAUCAGUUGUUGCGAUGUAAUGUUGAUCUGUUAAGGAUCAUACAAUUGGGGCUUUCAUUUUUUGACGAAGAUGGUAAAACUCCCACUGGUCCAUACACUACUUGGCAAUUCAAUUUUAAAUUCAAUUUAUCAGAAGAUAUGUAUGCCCAAGACAGCAUAGAAUUGUUGACAAAUUCCAGAAUACAAUUUAAGAAGCAUGAAGAGAAUGGAAUCGAACCUAUUGUUUUCGCUGAAUGCAUAAUCACAUCUGGUUUGGUACUAAUGGAUAAUAUAAAAUGGAUGACAUUCCACAGCAGUUUUGACUUUGGCUACUUAGUCAAGGUGUUGACCGAUGAAAAAUUGCCACAAGAGGAGUCAGAUUUUUUUGAUAUGUUCUCUCUAUACUUUCCUUGUGUAUAUGACAUAAAGUAUCUGAUGAAAAGCUGUAAGAAUUUAAAGGGUGGCCUGCAAGAAGUUGCAGAUCAAUUGGAACUAAAGCGGAUUGGACCACAACACCAGGCGGGAAGCGAUUCUCUACUAACAGGCAUGGCAUUUUUUAAAAUCAGGGAUAUGUAUUUUGAAGGAAUGAUUGAUAGCAAGAAAUAUUGUGGUCAUUUAUAUGGCUUGGGCAUUACCACAUUGAACAAUGGCCAAAUUCGGUAUGAUAAUAAUGAAGGGCCACCCAAUUAAAUAUACCAGAAAACAUUAUUAAUAAAAUAAUAAAUAUAUUAUUUCUAAUGAUCGUAUAGUUGUUGUUAACUAUUAAUGAAUGGUAUCAGCUAUACAUUUUGACUUAAAAGACACAAAUUUAAAAAAAAAAAUAUAUGCCUCAGGCAUAAUUUUUCUCUUCUCAAUUUAUUUAUUCUGUGUACAAUUUUGUUUGCCAACUGUGAAUGAAAUUAGAAAAUGAUAGAAUUAAAUGUAGUUUAGAAUUAUUAUGUUAAGAAAAAAAAAUUAAAGAAAAAAUAUGGUCUGUACAAUAAA